AUGGCUGCCCCGCGUGAGCAGCCGCCGUGGAAGCAGCCGUCGCUGCGGCCUGAAUCUGCCUCGCAGCUCCCACCGCUGAAAAUAUGGAAUUCCUUAACCCGAUCCAAAGUCCCCUUUGUCCCUCUUGACCCCAACGGCAAGCAAGUUACUUGGUAUGCCUGUGGCCCAACGGUCUAUGACGAUGCGCAUUUAGGUCAUGCUCGAAAUUAUGUGAGCACGGAUAUCCUGCGAAGAGUGUUGCGAGACUACUUCAAGUUCGACGUCCGGUUUGUUAUGAAUAUCACGGAUGUGGAUGAUAAGAUUAUCACCAGAGCCAGACAGCAGCACUUGUUUACGGAGUAUAUGACAUCUCAUCCUUCCAUCGAUACCUCUGUCCUCGAGGAGAUCACCUUGGCCUAUCAUAGCUACGUGAAGAAGAAUCUGCCGCUGUUAGAGAAACUCCCCGAGCCGGAGAACUUUUCUACAGAAGUAUUAUUGAUUUACGGACAUAUUCUCAAUGGAGGAGCCCUCAAUGCGGGUGAUAAGCCGGGAGAUAAGGAGGCUAAGAUAAAAAUGCAUAUCAAAACAGCUAUUUCAGCAACGAAUGCCCUUGCUGAUGCUCGUUCUGAGAAUCAUACCAUUUUGAGCGAAACUUUUUACGAUCUUGUUCAGGAUAUUGUGCUUCCAUAUUUGGACAGCUUAAAGGGGUCGUCAAUUCGUGGCGAAGAUUAUUCCAUAUUUACAAAGCUAACCAAGAGAUUCGAAGAUCGGUUCAUUGAAGAUGCUCGUGCUUUAAACAUCAUAGAUGCGGACGAGAUCACUCGAGUCACGGAGUUUGUACCAGAGAUCGUGAGCUUUGUUGAGCAAAUAGUUCAACAUAAAUUCGCAUAUGUCACUGGAGAUGGGUCUGUUUACUUUGAUAUUGCUGCUUUUGAGUCUGUCGGGAAUCAUUACGCUCGCUUGGAGCCCUGGAACAGAAAUGAUACCACGCUCCAAGCAGACGGAGAAGGUGCUUUGAUCAACAAAUCAGUGGAGAAGCGUUCCAAAGCGGAUUUUGCUCUCUGGAAAGCCUCCAAAGCUGGUGAGCCAAGCUGGCCUAGUCCUUGGGGCCCUGGACGGCCGGGAUGGCAUAUUGAAUGUUCUGCAAUGGCGUCUGCCAGGCUUGGAAAGCAAAUGGAUAUUCACUCUGGUGGUAUCGACUUAGCUUUUCCACACCAUGACAAUGAGAUUGCACAGAGCGAAGCAUAUUGGCAUGAUGGUUGCUGCCAUGAUCAGUGGGUUAAUUACUUUAUGCACAUGGGACACCUAUCAAUACAGGGCUCGAAAAUGUCCAAGUCUCUCAAAAAUUUUACAACCAUCCGUGAAGCUCUAGAAAGGGCUGACUGGACCCCAAGAAGUCUUCGUAUUGUCUUUCUAUUAGGAAAUUGGGCAGAUGGUAUCGAAAUAACGGAAGACCUGAUCAAAGCUGGCAAUGCGUGGGAAGAGAAGCUGAAUAACUUUUUUCUAAACGUCAGAAACCUUCCGGCUGAUAAUGGCGCGCCCUCUCCAUCGGAUGAUUCCUUAAUUACUCACUUAGAGUUUGCUCGGAAGGGGGUGAAUGACAGCCUAUGCGACUCGUUCAACACCGCGAGUGCCAUGGCGGCUAUUUCAGAACUUGUCUCGCAAUAUAACAUUCUUGAUAAGUCAAAACUGAACAGUGAACAUAUUCAAGAUGUGGCCAGAUGGGUGACAUCGAUGGUAAACAUAUUCGGGUUGAAUGGAUCUGCAAGGCCAGAUUCCGAGGAAGUAGGCUGGUCUGGAAUAGAGAUCCCUGAUGCGGCCAGACCCUACCUUUAUCCUCUCUCGUCAAUGAGGGAUACCCUGCGAGACAGUGCCCGUGGGAGUUCUGGCAUUUCAGCUGAUAUUUUGAAGUCAGUAAGCGCGCGAGGCGAGGAAGCAUUGAAACAUGAUGUUCCUGUUCUUGAGGCGGCUCAACCGUACAAACGAGUUCUGGACGAUUUCUGCACGAAGCUAGAUUCACUGGAACAAUCCGAUACGAUUUCUAAAGAAGUAUUGGCUCUUUGCGAUCGGGUACGUGAUGUUGACCUCUUUGACCUAGGAAUUUAUCUCGAGGAUCGGCACGAGCGACCGGCGCUCGUGCGAACAGUUUCCAGAGAGCUUAUGGCGGCUAGGGAAGAGAAGGUAGCCAGAGCAAGGAAGAAGCAGCUAGAGAAGGAAGCUAGAGAAAAGGAAGCGCGAGAAAGGGCAGAAAAGGGGAAAAUUAGCCAUUUGCUUAUGUUCCGUACCAACGAAUAUAGUGCAUGGGAUGAGAAUGGUCUUCCAACCAAAGACGGCGAUGGAAACGAGCUACCAAAAAGCAGAGCUAAGAAGCUGAAAAAGGAAUGGGAAAGACAGAAAAAGGAGCAUGAAGCAUGGCUGGGAAAACAAAAAUAA